CAGGGCGACGUCAUCGAAGCCAUCCGCGCCACUGACGGCAAGACCUACGAGGGGGAGCUGGUCACUGACUACUCCAACUACGGGGGGGGCUGCGAGUGCGGCAAAGGCGGUGGACAUUGGGGCCGUAUCUGCAUGCGCGGCAAGACCCCGCCGGCUGGGGGCUGGAAGUGCACUGGCAAGGGCGGAGCUGUGCCGGAGGAGAUCGAUUUCCCCUAUGUUCGCGGAUAUGGGACCGGCAACUCCUGCGGAAGCUCCAGCCUGAGCUACUACAACUGGAACACCGGCACCAACUUCUGCAACAACGGCUACAAGGUCUUGAUCAUGACGAAGUAGGAGCAACCCAGAUUCUAGUGUGAGCAUUUAGACAUGCGUGCCCUUAGGCCCUUAGGCUAUUGCCUGCUGGCCCUUUUUCGUAUCCCAUAGCUUCCAGUUGCUGUGACCAGGGGA